AUGGCGAUGGCGUCCACCACGUCGGCCGCCUCCUUCAUGCUGCUCUCGGGCUCCAUGCCCAGCGCCGACGGCCAGGGCCUCAUGAGCUCCAACUUCCUCGCCCACACCGUGUUGCCCUGCUCCUCCAGCAUGGCCACCAUCUCCGCCUCCGCGCCAUUCCCGACCGUCACGCUCGACCUCACCCACGGCCCGCCGCCGCCCAACGCCCUGCUGCUCAGCGCCGCGCGGCCGACCGCGCCGGGGCAGUUCCAGAUCCCGCUCCCCGGCGGCGCGAUGGCUCCGGCCUGCACAUGUCAAACCAGCCCAGAUUGCAUCCUUCUAUUAAUACGUAAAAAAGGUGAUGAGCUUUCGGGCUGGCUCGGGCCGAGCCAGACGAGCUUUCAGCCCAUCGCGAGCCAGAAAAACAGGCCCGACUCGGUCACUGUCUAA